CGUUUGGUCUCAUGUUGUGUAGGUGUCUGUGCCUUGAUCUGUGCACAAGCAUGUUUUGCUGUAGUACACAGAAAUCACAUUAAUGUGAUAUAUCAAAGAACAAAUCCACAGGAGUCUCUAAGGAUUCGAACAAUACGAAAGUAUUGCAACUCCAGGUAGCAAUUCUUUUGACCAUGUCGUGGUGCAGUUGACUAGAGCGCGUCUGGGAACACCCACCACAUAGGUUCGAACCCUCAUCAAGGCUCCUGUGGUAUUUUUCUUGUUUUCCUUGUAGUACUGUCUCGCUCUGUGGAGAAUGGACCAGCCACUUGGGCUGGACGGUAGUGCGCCGGUCUCGCUUCGUGCAAGUCGGCAUUCUGUCUCCAACCGUCCAAGUGAUUGAGCACCAUUCCUUCUCCCCAUUCAAUCCUAAAUCCUUAUCCCGUCCAAGUGCAAUAUAGUUAUAAUGGCAUGGUACUUUUUGCUGAUAGUUCCCUUCCCUUCCCUUUCGUGGAGGGUGAGUAUCUGUUCCUGUUGCAUUGUGCGAUGCCUUUAGAAAAAGAGUAUCUGUUUUUGUAUUGUAUCUUACUGUUGAGGACAAGUAUCUGUUUUUUGUGUAUUGUUACAUGCUCUGUAGAGAAUGAAUGCAGUUCCUGUUGCAUUGAGCCUCUCUCUGUGGAAGGCAAGUAUCUGUUCUUUAAUGUCACUGUGUGGAGGAUGAGGAUCUGUUUCUCGUGUAUUUGUAAUGGGCUGCAAAGGCUGGGCUCUCCCAUUCUUCCUUGGUUCUCUUCUUCCCCUCCCUGGUUCCUCCCCCCCUGUCAUCCUAUUCUGCACGCUGUCCCAACCACCUCAAUUCCACAGGAUAUAGAAGAUAUAUUUGGUGUGUGAAGGUUGCUUAAGAGGUCUUCCCCCCCCCCCCCCCCUCUCUAUGUGCUGUGGUCAGGAUAGGCCAUGACCUGUACUUCUUGGCCUUUUGCCUGGCCUCCUCCUUUCUACCUCCACACUGACCUUUAGGCCUCCCAUCUCGUGAGGCCCGUCUCCUUUUCCUGCUCUCCCCUCCAGUCCUAUACCUCCAAGCUGGCCUCCUAUUUUCCUAUAGGCUGCCUUUCCAGCUGGGCUCUUCCCCCCAUCAGUGGUUUACGACAUCAGUUGACAGUCGACAAAUAAUGUACAAGGACCAUAGAAUCUAGGCACUGGGUUUUUUCCUGUGGGAACUUACUCGUUGUUUUUUGGCCACACCCCAGUAAUUUGACCUGGGUUCUGCUUUAGUGUGCCAAGGGGGUGGAGUCUCGUAUCAAGUUCUGUGUAGAAUUUUAGGAGAAUUUUUAGUAUGGUCUAAACUCUGUGCUGGAUUAGACUGGAAAGGGACUUUGGAUUUGCCAUCUUGCCAAGAGAUAAAGAAUACUUUGAAGAUGUCACUGGUGUUUGAUCUCUGCAGUGAGGUUGAAAGACGGAGGCUUAGACGGUGACUGCGCAUCGGGUUGAAGGAAUGAGUUAGUGAGUGUUGGAGGCAUGGCUGAUCCAAUGUUCGUAGCCCAGCGAAGUAACAACCAGCUGGCUCUCAACAUUAGCGAUGUCAUUGAUAUUAUUGGACAAGAUGCCCCUGAGUACGCAGCUUCUGACAUGUCUGUGUAUGGAGGCGUACAGAUGGGUGGCGGGGGUGCACAGAGUGAAGCUAAUUAUUCUACACUAACGGCUGUGUCCAGAGCUGAUCCGGAACUAGAAAGCAAGCGCAAAGCUUAUGUCCGAAUUUUGGAGCAGCCACAAGCAAAAGCGUUACGAUUUAGAUAUAUCUGUGAGGGACGGUCUGCUGGCUCCAUACCUGGUGUCAGAAGCACCGCUGAAAACAAGACUUACCCAGCUAUUCAGGUGAUGGGAUAUAAAGGGCCUGCAGUGGUUGUUGUUUCGUGCGUAACUGUGGAUCCGCCCUAUCGUGCGCACCCCCACAAUCUCGUCGGAAAGGAGGGUUGUAAAAAAGGUGUAUGUACAAUGACCAUCAACAAUGAUUCUAUGCAAUGUGUCUUCAGCAAUCUUGGUAUUCAGUGUGUCAAGAAACGUGACGUGGAAGACGCCCUGAAGCUAAGAGAGGAAAUACGGGUUGAUCCCUUUCAAACUGGAUUUUCCCAUAGGAAUCAGCCCCAAAGCAUCGACCUUAAUGCACUAAGGCUGUGUUUCCAAGUGUUUCUUGAAGGACCCGACAAGGGAAAGUUCACAUUUCCUCUGAAACCAGUAGUAUCGGAUGCAAUAUAUGAUAAAAAAGCCACAUCAGAUCUCAUAAUUUGCAAGCUGAGUGACUGUACAAGUAGUGUGGCUGGAGGGAAGGAGAUAAUUCUUCUCUGCGACAAGGUCACAAAAGAAGACAUCCUCGUUCGCUUCUAUGAGGUCAAGGACGGGAUGAUAGAAUGGGAAUCGUAUGGUGAUUUCCAGGCUUCUGAUGUUCAUAAACAAGUGGCGAUAUCAUUCAAGACGCCUAGAUAUAAGUCUCUGGAGAUUGAGAACCCAGUCAAAGUAUACGUGCAGCUGCUGCGACCGUCGGACAAGAGCACCAGUGAACCACGACCGUUCCAGUACCUGCCUCUUGAUUCAGAUCCGCAGUACCUUAAACGAAAAAUGGCUAAACUUGGCAACAGUGCAAACACAGAGAAGAUUGGUAGAUUCAUCGCAGAAAACAUGGGAGGUGCAGUAUAUGGAGAGAGGGGUAUACUGGCUUCCAGCCAGAGUUCCGGUGCUGUACCUCGACCCAUUAGAGUUGCCUCGCGUCCCUCGAGACUCUCGGAUAAGAUCAAGAUGGAGCCACCAGACAUGGUGGGAUCACCUGUAUCCUCUGAAGGUCAAGUGUCCCCCGUGCCUGGAGGAAUGAUGGGAGGCCACAUGGUGAAGCCACCGGUGUCUCCCCAGCACUAUGGUGGGGGAACAAUGUACACAGUAUCACCUCCAGCCCCCAGUCCGGGCGGACAGGGAGUCUACUAUACCCAGCAGUCUCCAGUGCAUGGUGGCAAUCUUGGAGUACAUAUUGGACCUCCUUCUGGUCCCACUGUAACAAGAGUUCCUUCUCCACACCACCAGUACUAUCUUAGCCCUGGUGCUCCUUCGCCAUAUUCUCCAGAUGGUUCACUUGGUCCUGUUGGAGUGAGCUGUGGUUACAAUGCUGGUAUGGCAAGCCAACAAGGACCACCCAUCUCCCAGCUUUUGGAUUUGGAUUCUCAGAAGUGCAUUGAUCAGAAUCCAAUUGAAUUGGAUAUAAAUAAUAUCAACUCUGCAGAGUUACGGUCUCUGCUGCCUAGUGAGAAUGAUUUUAAUGCAUCGAUGGUGGAUGCACAUCUAUCUGAGAAUCUCUCGUCCAAUCUCAACAUUAUCGAUCAUCCUCUACCACCCAACAAGCUAAGCAGUAAAACUAGUUUGAAUUUAGGUGCAUCUGGUCCCUACAUGAUGAACAUUCCUCCACCACUUAAACAAGAGACUGGUGGCCCAUCUGGCUCUGAUAGCUUAAAUAACCUCAAAAGUGAAAUUGAACUUCUCAAUCAGCUCUCUUCAGCACACUGAUAUUAUGUUUACAACUUUUUUAUUUUUGUAUAUGAUUGAUACCUUAAAAAGGUUUCAAUUAAAUUCCUAUGCCAGAGACAUUACACAAAAUAGUUAUUUAGCAUUGUGUAGAAAUAAUUUGCUACCUAAGAUUUUUACUUAAAUAUGUGAAUUUGUCUUAAUGCAAGGGUCCAAGAUUAUGUACUUUGGCAGUGGCAUGUUGACACUUUGUUGACAUCAUAGUGGCCAUGAUAUCAGCAGUCACCAUGCUGGGAUGUUAGGCAUUACAUCAAAGAUAUACAGUACAGUGCAUAAAAAGAAUGAGAAGAGAGUAACGGUGUUAAACUGCAUGAGAAGAGAUGCGAGUUUGUCCGGCUGCUGUUGCACACAAGAGAGGUGAAAGUUGCAGUUUAUGGUAUUCACGGUACAUUUGUUGAAGCAGAUGUUUGAAUCAAACUGUAGUGUAUUUCUAGAAUGUGUGUGAAGAUUACCAACUGCUUUAACCUAAACUCGGCAGCAGUCAGCCAGUGUUUGACUAAAGAGGUCACUCCAAACAUAUCAUUUGCUACUAUUUUCCAGUUGCAAUAAGGCUUAAAUUUGUUCAUAUUUUUUAAUUCACACAAGGAUAUUCUUUGGUACAAAAUCUAUUUUAAAAAUGAGCUCAAAUACUGUCUAAUUUGCACAGAAUCAAGUGGGCUAUGCUUUGGUGCGCAACGUUGACUUUACAUAUAGACGUAGAAAUUGUAAAAUUAAUAUUUUGUAUAUAAUUAUCAGGAAAUAAGUCUAACUUAAUUCCUGGUUUGCAUUAUCUGAUAUUAGAGAGAGUAGAACCUUGUACUCGAGGUAUUGUGCGUGUCACAAUGUGUGUACUCAAUGUUGAGUAGGACGUUCUUCCGCUGUAGCCUGCAUCAGGUGAGAUUUCUUUUGCAGUCUUACAGUUGAUAUUUUAUUUUUGGGUUGCAUGAUUGUCAUUAUUUGUGUUUACAUUUA